CCAUGGCUGGGUCAAGGUGUCGCCCCUUUCGUCGGGCUCAAAGCCGACGAAAGCAGGCUCGGGCGGCAACGCAUGGCCUCCAGCUAUGAGAACCGAGUGAUGGGGCGCCCGCCAUAGCAGUUUCGAGGGGAGCGCGCCGGCCUCGACGGCAUGGAAGGACCGCUCAGUGUCUGGACGAGCUUCAUCAGCGGCUGGCACUUAUGCUGGGUGCUGCUGGAUGACCGUAACGGCAUGCUAUACCGAUUCAAGUCACAUCACCAGAGGCGGCAACGACUUGGCCUCCUAGCUAAAUUCAGCGGCAUCAAUCUCCUAGGUGCCAUUGUGACGAAGGACCCCAAAGAACCCAACGGUUUCUCCGUUGUUUCUGAAGGCCGAGAGUACAGAUUCCAAGCUCCCACCGAAGAAGAGCGCGACGCGUGGGUGAUGGAGCUCGAAGAGGCGGUUCUUCGACAGAUGGUCUGUCGCCGAGCUUACCACAUAUGGGACAGAAGAUACAUCGGGCCGACUCUGGCCCUUGUGAACGCCAAGCUGCAGGAUGCCGGACUUCUGUACGAGGAGCUGGCAUGCAGUUUGCAGGAGCUCGACAGGCGUUGGUCAACUGAAGAGGCAGGCCAGAGAACGCGAUGGCCGGGCGUCAUACGAGACUUACUGGCUUUCCUUACAACUGCUCGUGCCGCCAUGGCGUUGCUGGAAAACCUAAAGGAAAUGAUUCUUCCAGGACUCCUGGCGCAGCUGGACACAAUGCAACCACGCAAGAAAGCAGCCACCAUGCUCAGCUUGCUCAGGACGCAGGCAGCCGGCCUGGCUGUGGACCCACUCUCCGUGCUGCUUCGCCGGAACCCGGAGCCGACCGAAGGCAACGCGUUGCUCGAGCCAGCUCUACGGGGAUCGCGCACCCGUUUGCAUCACCCGUUGUCCGAGAUGGCACACACCGACCACUUGGCAUACGCGUCGAGAUUAGACACGUCGGGCCGCCGCAGUCCGUCCACGUCCGAGCGCACCGGAACGCGAAGCCUGCCGACGGUCCGAAGUCCCCGACGCGGCAGCGGUCAGCACCUCGCAAAUGCCGAGAACUCCUCUUUCGUGUCAAUCAGCGACAGCGCCACAUGUUCAUUGGCGCGCUUCGUCACCGCUGUCAGCAGCAUCGAACACUCCGACAUGCACGCCGACAACAAGAGCUCCCGGUCAAUGUCAGCUUGGAGUUUGUAUGGCUGCGGCGGUGAAAGGCUUCGGGCAUUGCACUCUGACAGCUCCGAGACGGAAUCCUCCAUUUCAUCAACCGCCCCUUCGGCCGACCAUCGCUGGCAGGUCGACACGGUGGUGGGAAAGGGGCGGGCGCCAGGACAUCGGUCGCCGCCGUCGAAGCACCACUCAAAGACGCCACCGACCCUCUUGACGCUUGGGACCAACCGCAUAUGGGAAGAAGCCCCCGGUCCGACGGCGCGCACCCUGGGGGACCUCUGUUCAUCGCUUCCCUUCGGCGAAAGCCUGCUGCAUGUCGACUACCCGAUGCCGCUGCUCCAGACUCGCUCAUGUCUCCAGGCCCUUGCCGACUUGUUUGCCUGCCCAGAGCUGUUCGCGGAGAUCGGCUCGUCGACGCGUGCAUCGGAGCGAAUGCUACGCGCGCUACGCUGGUACCUGGCCGGUAUCUACUAUGUCAAGCGAGGCGACGACAUCACCAAGCCACUGGAGCCGGUGUUGGGAGAGACGCACCGCUGCUCGUGGCCCCUGCGCUGCGGCCCAGGAAUCGGAGACCUGCAGUACGCCGCCGAACAGGUCUCCGUAAACCCGCCACAGACGUGUCUGUAUGCCGAGUGCUCCUCCAGCGGCAUACGAGCUUUGGCGCAGCUUCAGCCGGAGGCAUUUAGCGUCGGCUCGUACGUGCAGAUCCGGUUGCACGGCAAAGCCAGCGUCUAUGUGAGCCAGUAUUCGGAAGAAUACAUGUUCGAGCUGCCAGCAGCAUGUGUGCGAAACGUUGCAAGCAAACCCUGGUUCGAGUUUUGCGGCGUCGUGAAUGUCAGCUGUCGCCAGACAGGUUACCACGCCAAGAUAAAGUUCAUGGCUAAGGCUCCGAUGCCGGGCAGUCAGAGACACAGCAUUCAAGCCGACGUCUACAACCCAGUCAUGAAUCGACCCUUCGUGAGGCUGCACGGUCGAUGGACAGACAGCGUGACGGCCUCCUGGGCCUCUGGGGAGACGAAGGAAAUCCUGAAUGCACGGUUACUAAAGCAGGCCCGUCGGGAAGCUACCUUCAUCACUGAAGACAAUCCAAAAUGCUCUACAAUCGUGUGGCGAAGUGUUACAGAAGUGCUGCGCCGCAGAAAGCUUCGGGAAGCCUACGACCGGAGGCUUAACGUGCUUAAGUCAACUGAGCCGAACUACCAGCCCACGCUGUUCAAGAAAGAAGGGGACACCUUCAGCUACAAAAAUGACUUGAGAAGAAAGUCUGAGAAGAAACUCCAGUAGUGCCUCGAAUGUUCCUCCGCAUGGACAGCACCGCAAGAAUGCUGUAUACCUACC